AUGUGCUUAUUACAACUAUCACUGUUGUCAAAUAUGACAUUCUUUUCACUCCUUCAAUGAUAUCAUUUUUUUCUAUGAAAUUUCCGUAUACACAAUGGCUUUGAGUUUUAAUUUGAGGAACACGAAUAAAUUCUUGUUGAAAAAUGUGCAGUACCAGUGUGCAGCUCAGUACAAAGUUUCCAGAUGGAAUUGCAUCAACAAUUACACACCGCAUGUCCAAAUGAGAGGCUUUUCUGACUGUGAUCCUCCAGCAAAAUGUAAAGUAGCGAUAGUUACAGGAGGAGCUAGAGGCAUCGGAUUCAACAUCGCUGAACAUCUUUUGAAAGCAGGAGCACAGGCUGUAAUCAUUGGAGAUGUCCUAAUGGAUGCAAUGGAGGAAGCAACGUGCAAGUUGAAUAAUAAAUACGGUGAAAAUAAAGCACUCUUCCAGCCUUGCGAUGUCACAAAAAAAGAAGAUUUGGAGAAAAUUUUCAAAUGUACCAAGGAAAGGUUUGGUAAAAUCGACAUAGUCGUUAACAAUGCAGGUAUUUUGGCAGACUGCAGAUGGGAACAGACUUUGUGUAUAAACAUUCAUGGUUUAGUUCGAAGUACGCUCUUAGGCUUCCAAUAUAUGGGUGCCCAGAAUUGCGCCAACGGUGGUCUCAUCAUCAACACCUCCUCCAUCUUAGGUCUGCAACCACUCUAUAGUAGCCCAGUGUACGUUGGUACCAAGCAUUUCAUUCUUGGUUUCACCAGAUCGAUGGGACAUGAAUAUUUCUACAAAACUUCGAAAGUGAAAGUUAUGGCAGUAUGUCCAGGUGUGACAGAGACUAACAUGAUUUGGGAAGCUGCAGAUGGAGGAUUACCUGGAUUUGGCGAUCUAGGAAAGGAGUUAGCAAAUAGUUUGGGAGCACUGCCCACACAAGGGCCUGAAGAAAUUGGUAAAGCAGUGAUUAAAAUGUUGAAGGAUGGUCAAAAUGGCAGUGUUUGGGUAUCAGAAGGAUGUGAUUGCUACAAGGUGGAUAUACCAGACCGAAAUUGUUACAAACCGAAAGAUCUGAAAGGAUGCUGUCCACCCAAAGAUGAAUCUGAAAAAGAAGAAGAAGAUCCCUGCAAAAAGAAAGAAGAUCCAUGUAAAAAGAAAGAAGAUCCUUGUAAAAAGAAGGAAGAUCCUUGUAAAAAGAAAGAAGAUCCCUGUAAAAAGAAAGAUCCAUGUGAAAAGAAAGAAGAUCCCUGCGAAGAGAAAGAAGAUCCCUGUAAAAAGAAAGAAGAUCCCUGUAAAAAGAAAGAAGAUCCUUGUAAAAAGAAAGAUCCAUGUGAAAAGAAAGAAGAUCCUUGUGAAAAGAAAGGAGAAGAACCUAAGAAGAAAGAAGAUCAUGAUAAGAAAAAAGAAGAUCACAAGAAAAAAGAAGAGCACAAGAAAAAAGAACAUGGUAAGAAAAAAGAAGAAAAAGGUAAGAAGAAAGAAGAACAUAGUAAGAAAAAAGAAGAAGCCAGUAAAAAGAAAGAAGAUCCAUGUGAAAAAAAUGAUGAAAAAGAUGAAAAGAGCAAGAGUGCAAUUAAGAAGGAUGACAAGAAUAAAAAGGAUUCUUCUAAGAAAGAUGUCAAGGGCGGAAAAAGCAAACCACCAAAGAAAUAAUGUCAGUUAUGUAUAUGAUUUUUUUAUCUGUGGUAUUGUAAAUGUGAUGAUUCAAUAAAUUCUGACAGGGUGUAAACUGUUCAAGUUGA